AUGGGCUCUGUACUGGGAAGCUGGAGGGACAGUAUCAACGCAAAUCGAGGAUGUCAUGAUUCACGUCAGGACGUUUCCUACACAGAUUCACUGAGGCCACAUGUUCUAUCGUUAAACAACACUACUUCAGACGCUGGUUUCAACUUAAGUUUCGAAGAUAUCAGUGUUUACAAGACAAGCUUGAAACGACACAUCUUGUUCCCCGCCAGUGGCACAAUGCAUUCGGGAUCAUUUGUUGGAAUAAUGGGCCCAUCUGGGUCUGGCAAGACAACACUUAUCAAAGUGCUCGCCGGUAAAGUGAGGCCUUCCAGCGGCGCGGUCUAUGUCAAUAACCAAGUCUCUUCACACAUUGUAUUACGGAGCUUAGUGGCAUAUGUUCCUCAGGACGACAUUAUUCUUCCCGAUCUUACUGUCAGGGAGGCUAUAUUAUACUCGGCACGCAUUCGUAUUGGGGGCACAUUCAAUGACCGACAUCUCCAGCAAUAUGUCGACUAUCUCAUUGCAUCUAUGGGGUUACAAAGCGUUGAGAAUCACCUAGUAGGAGACGCUACAGGUAGAAGUAUACCUGGUGGUGAGCGCAAACGUGUUAACAUAGCCCUGGAGCUGGCAGCUGCCCCAUCAACUUUGGUCCUCGAUGAGCCUACAUCGGGGCUAGAUGCAAACGCAGCACUGUCAGUAAUGACUUUGUUGAAGCGCUUAUCGGAACAAGGUCUGGUGGUAGUUUGUGUCAUUCAUCAGCCGCGGUCCGAGAUAUUUGCGCUGUUAGACAGACUCUUGCUUCUGAGCGAUGGCAAGCAGGUUUUUCUCGGAAGUGCCAGCGCAAGCCUCAACUUUGUCACCAGGCUUGGGGUAGCGCCAUGUUAUAAGAGCUCGAACCCGGCAGAUACAAUCAUAGACGCCAUUUCUAAUAUACACCAAGCAGGGUUUAACGCUCUGACGGAUAGUGACAACUACCAAGACAGUAUACCGACGGGAUCAUGGGUGUCUAAAUCCGGCACAGAGCGCUAUGGAGAUUCGGAGGGUAGAUCAUCGAAUAGUGGAGGCUUACCAGCCUUGAUGCAACGUGCUCAGCAGAGAAGAGCUUCCUGGCAUAAACAGGCAUACUUGGCUUGUCUCCGUGGCCUGGUGCAGCAAUCGCGACAAGUUUCUAGCCUGGCACUAGAGAUUACUACUGGAGCCAUAACAGGUCUCUUGAUUGGUCUGUCGAACUUUGAGUAUAAAGGCCACUUAUUUCAGGGGGUAUUCCUUCCACCUUUGCGAAGCUUGUCUAGCGCCACUAGUUAUCGGCUUUUAGCAGAGCAGGGGAUGCUAUGUUGUCUGGCUAUCGGUUGCGCGGCUGGGCCUGCGGGCGUCAUUCUAUUCGCAGAGGAUAGGUUGGUCUUGAAUAGAGAAUGGCAAUCCGGCCACUCUCCCAGCGCUUUCUUUUUGGGGAAAACUAUCUCGUCUAUACCCCGUAUGGCUGUUUCGGCUUUGCAUUUUGCCUCUUUCUAUAUGCUCCUCACAACCCCCAUGAUCGAUUUUGGACAGCUUUUCAUCAACUGUUUAUUAUACUUCUAUUGCAUUUACGGUCUCGGCUGCGUUGUGGCCGCUUUAGUGAGGCGGCAAGAUGCACCGGUGAUGGCGAUGCUGAUCAGCCUAGUAUUCUCCGCCCUCUCAGGAUGUGCCCCUCGGCUUGCAACAGUCAAUGAGUGGAAACUCAAGUGGAUCUGGAUUAUAUUUCCGGGGGUGUGGUUCUCCGAAGCCAACUUCAACGAAAACAUCUCUCCACUCUCAAGUCUAUAUGACACGAAAACAGCCGCUGAAACAGUUGGGUACACAUUAAACAGGACAUCCACUGACUUAGCCAUGCUUCUAGUUAUCGGGACCGUUUACCGAAUCAUAUCAUAUAUCGUACUCGUAUUUUCGUCUCGCAAAAAUCAGAGUUAA